CGACCCGACAACUACCGAUGCUAGGCUAACAGUGGUUAGCUACCGGGAGCGGACAUGUUGUUCCGACCCUUCCUUGAAUAAACACCGCUGUAAGUGGGACGUUGGGAGCUGCGGGGAAGGUUCGGGGCGUUGGGCAAUCAUGGAUGCAGUUAACGCCUUCAACCAGGAGUUAUUCUCACUGAUGGACUCCAAGCCCCCAAUCUCACGGGCAAAGAUGAUCUCCAUCACCAAAUCUGCCAUCAAAGCUAUGAAACUCUACAAACAUGUGGUCCAGAUUGUUGAAAAGUUCAUCAAAAAGUGUAAACCUGAAUACAAGGUUGCAGGCCUGUAUGUGGUGGAUUCUAUUGUCAGGCAGUCCAGACACCAGUUUGGACCAGACAAGGAUGUGUUUGGCCCAAGAUUUACCAAAAACAUUACAGGAACUUUUGAGAACCUCUGCCUUUGCCCUGUAGAGGACAGGAGUAAGAUAGUGCGGGUGUUGAACCUGUGGCAGAAGAAUGGGGUGUUUAAGAUUGAGGUUAUUCAGCCUCUCUUGGAUAUGGCGGCUGGCACUAGUAGUGCUUCUGCACCCUACACCGGACCCGAUGAGCCAGGUUCCCCUCCAUCUCCAGCUAAAGAGCCAGUUACUGCCGUAACAGCCAACUCCACCAUGCCAUCUGCUGCUCAGCUGCAAAACUCUGAUGCCUUUGCUGCUGUGGCUCAGCUUUUUCAGGGUCAACAGCUUCAACAGAUGCUUCAGAACUUUCAGCAACAGCCAGUAAAACCAGAGACUGACACUCCCUCUCCUCUCCAUGCAAUACAAACACAGCCCCAAAAUAUCACCACUAGCCUGGGCGCAGUCGUGUCACAGCCUCCCCCAUCUACGCAGCCCACUCAGCACAAAACGGCCUUUGACAAGAAAUUGCUGGACCGUUUUGACUAUGACGAUGAGCCAGAAACUGGAGAAGAGACAAAGAAGGAUGAUAUGUCAUCGCAGGCUUUUAUGCAGCAGCUUCCAGCCUUCUCUCAGCACAUGGAGCACUUUAAACCACCAAUGAUUAACAUGUCACAAGAUCCCUCACAACAGGUUCCUCUUCCUCCUAAUGGUCAGCUUCAGACCUGUGGAUUACCACCAGGACACAGCUACCCAAUGAUGAUGCCUCCUAUGGGAAAUGCUCUGCCAGGACAGUCCCUCCCUGGUACAGCUGGGCCUCCAGGUUUUCCAGGGGUAUACCCUCCCCUGGGCAUAGCCCAGCAACAGCAGGAUUUGUCCAUGGAUACGGAUCAUUUAUCUGUGAUGGAUGGCAGACAUGGUCGGAGGUCUCACUCAGGCUCCAGGUCUCCGAAGCGGAGGCGGUCGCGGUCUAAUUCCCGCACACGGCGAACAAGGCACACGCGAUCCCGCUCACGCUCCAGAGAUCGCCGUUAUCAUUCUGCACGUUCUUCCUCACAGGAGUGCAGGGAAAGAGAGAGGGAGCGACGGCAGAAAGGCCUUCCGCCCCUCAAGAACAAGACGCUAAGCAUUUGCAGUACAACUCUCUGGGUGGGCCAGCUGGACAAGAGAACACAACAGCAGGAUGUUGCCUGUUUACUGGAAGAGUUUGGACAGAUAGAAUCCAUCAGUAUGAUCCCUCCACGUGGCUGCGCCUAUAUCGUCAUGAUACACAGGCAAGAUGCCUACAGGGCUCUGCAGAAGCUCGGUAGAGGAAAUUACAAAGUUAACCAAAAAGCCAUCAAGAUUGCUUGGGCUCUGAACAAGGGCAUAAAGGCUGAGUUUAAACAGUACUGGGAAGUAGAUCUGGGUGUCACAUACAUACCUUGGUCUAAAAUCAGAGAGGAUCAAUUGGAGGAGGUGAAAGACGGAGGAAUACUGGAUAUAGACACCUUAUCACCAGAGUGGACUAGCAUAAGGAAGACUCUUGAUCUACAGGAGGAACUCACCCAUAAUGGCCGCUCAGAGCCACAGCAGCUGGAGGAGACGCAUGUUAUACCGCUGUCUGCUCCAGUUGCUCCCCCUGCACAGGUGCCUCCAACACAGCAGCCAAUUCCUGGUGUGGGUUCUCUCCAGCCUCCCGUCUUUCCUGGUCCCAUGGGCAUGCCUCCGCCUUCUUUCCCUCCAGGCAUCCCACCUCCUCCUUUCAUCAGACCGGGCUUUAACCCCAUGCAGAUGCCUCCAGGUUUUCCUCCCCCAGGUGCCAUGCCUGUAGGUCACCCACCUUCCUCCAAAGUUGUCGAGGACCUGCCUCUUGACCCAGCAGGUCUGGGCUGUAGAAAAAACGAUGAAGUCUCUGAGGUUCCCAACAUCUUCAACAACCAGAUGGGACCUCUGGGUAACCAGGUAGGUCUUCCUGUGGGUGGACCUCCAGCUGUUCCUCCUGGAGUACCUGUUGGUGGACCUCCCAGUGGUCUUCAUGGUGUACCCCCAACUGGACCUCCAGGUGUACCUGCAGGUGCAAUUCCUGGGGGACCCCCUGUUUCUCUUCCAGGCGGUCCUCCAGGAAACAUCCAACCUCCUUCUGGCGGUCUUCUUGGUGCAAGGCCUGGUAUAAUCCCACUCCACCGCCCCCCUCUUGCACCCCCACAACACAUGCAGCGCUUCCCUCCACCCCAUGGGCCAAGACCCCCUCACCCCAGCAUGCCCCCUUUGCCACCACAGAUGAUACCUAGGGGCCCACAUCCUCAGAUGAUGCACCAUGAACCACCACUACCACCUAAAGGAGGCUUUGGGAUGCCUCCUCCUCACAACAUGAGGCCACCAUUUCCUCCACAUGGGCAUGGCCCCCCUCCUCCUCAAGGCCCUCCUCCUCCUCCAUUUAUUAGACCAGUGGGUCCUCGUGGCCUGGAGGGGCCAGAGGAAAUGGAUAGCAGACCAUUCAGAGGAGACAGGCCUGGAUUCAGGGACCGGGAGCCUGAGAGAGAUAGAGACUGGGAUCAAGAUAGGGACAGAGAGAGGGACAGAGGCUUUGGAGGAAGACGUUCAUUUGGAGAUGGGGCAAGAGGAUUAGGAGCUGAUAGAAUAGAUGCGAGAGAGAGACUUGGAGGCUGGCAAGAAGAUGGAGGCGAUCACCGAGGAGGCGGUUGGGACAGGGAUAGAGACAGGGACAGAGACCGAGAACGGGACAGAGACCGGGAUCGAGAACGGGACAGAGACCGGGAUCGAGAACGGGACAGAGAGAGGCGAGAUUGGAGGGACAAGCGAAGCAGCCUGGAUCGUGACAAGGAGCAUGGGAGGGGGGGAGAAGAUGGGGAGAAGGAGUAUGGAAGGGGGGAGACAGGAGAAAAGGGAAGAGGGGAAGGAGGGAGUCGAGAAAGAGGUAGAGGAGCCGAAUUAAAAGAAGGGGACAGGCCAAGACGAGAGCGUCGGGAGAGGACAACGCGGUGGGACAGGGAUGAUCGAUUGGCUGAACUGGAAAACAUGGACAGAUUCCGGACCGCGAACAACACAGGACAACCUCGUGUGACUCCCGUAGUUACUGUGGAGACCAGUAAAGAACCAAGUAUAGAAGUUUCUCAAAAGCAGACAGAAUCAGAACUUGCGGCCGCAGCUGCACAAGUAACUACUGCUGCAAGUGGGCCGAUCCCCUCCGAGCUCCCACCUUCAGCUCAAAAGGAGCCCACAGAAACAAAAGAGGAAGCAGCAUUAUAGACUUGUCCACUGCUCUCUCUGCCAGAGACUGUUGUGUAACACUGAAAGAUAAAACUGUGCUUUCCACUAUGAUAGCGAGCUUCACCUCUUUGCAUAUUAAUUCUAACCAGUCACAGUUUUCCAGUUGAUCAGUUGUCAGUUUUGGGGCAGCAGCACAUUUCUUAAAAACAAAUUCCUCACAUUACUUCUGUUAAUUUUUGGCUCUACCGUUUUUCUCCUUCCUGUAAGUUGUAAGAAUGAAAGUUGCUUGCAUGCUAUCUUAGCUCUUUCCAUCUGGCAUCUACAAGUGUAGCUUUUAUUGUUUGACUUGAAGUUCCUUUGUAAAGAGAAGGAGCAAGUCAUUUCUUUGAAACACAUUUAUUUUUACAUUGUUACUUCCUCGGUUCUAUGCCACUGAGCAACCUUCAGCAAUUUAUUUAUUUUAAAAUACUUUUUAAAAAUUGCCAAAAUGUCAUGUCACACUUUAAACAUCUGCUCAAACACUUCUGUAAGUCAGUUUAUACCGUCAUCUGUUGUUUGGUUUGCAUUUUCUAGGGUUUUAGUCAGUCCGUCGCUGUAGUAUCAAAGCCAGUGAACCACAGGUGUGUUUGACGAAAAAAGAAGUACUAUUUAUGUAACUUCCUUCAGAAUGUGCUAGUAAACCCAACCAUCAUGCAUGUGGUAGAGUAACCGAUAAAUGAGUACAUUAACUGGCCACUGCCCUUUGUGCCUAAACAUCCACUUAAUACAUAAAUCAAUAAUUUCAUUAGGACAAAUAUUCUUACUAACAAAUGUAUUAUUGCAUUGAAGCUAAUCUAAUUCUCAAAAGGUCUCAGAAUCUACCGUAAAGUUAGGGUCACAUUUAACUAACAAAAGACCCAGUUCCUUUUGAGGGUGAAAAAAGGAAUAAUAAUUAAUUAAUUCUAAUGUUUCGGUUAAUCCUUUAAUCAUAUUGUUCUUUAUUCAGAUAUCAUAACAUGGCAAAGUCUCUGAAAAAAUUGUUUAUUCAUGUACAUAAUCAAACUGAUCUAAAACAUAUAGACAAACAAACCAUUUUAUGGGCUCAGAUGCCAAAGUUUUUUCUUUUUUGUGCUAUUGUGUCUCUUCACAGACAUAAUGACUAAAGGGCCAAGGAACAUGUAAGAUGACAGAUUUCACCAUGACAUGACAUCCAGGUGUAUUGUAGUAUAUUCCCCUUAAAAUCGUCAGAAGGAGAAGGAAAAAAAUGCAAUGCUUUAUUUCACAUUUCAUAUUGAUUGAUUUAUACAAAGAUAUCUGUAUGCAAAAGUAAUACUGGAAUACUCUGAUUUAUGGCAAAUGUACUAGAAGAAAAACAGCUAUCAAACUGUUUUCUCUGGUAAAGUUCAAGUCCUUCUGAUUUCUUCUUUCUUUUCUCUGAUUUUCAUUUUUUAACUUAACACCAUAAGGCUUGAGUGAAAUUCCUCUCAUACUUUUCUUAUGUGUUUUAGUUUGAUUUUUUUCCACAGAUGUUUAGUUCUGCAGGCAAAAACACGACUGCAUUUUUAGUCCGUUAAAUAAAUAUAAAAAAUGGAGACGCACAGAGAAAUAAUAUACUGUUUGUCUUCAGACAAUGUGCAGUUUUCAAACUUGAUGUGUGUACAGACACACUUGUAUUACAGAGUCAAUAUUUUAUUGGUUCAACCCCUGUUCAUGAAUAAAUUUAGCACAGAAGCACCAGUGAAAAAAACUAAAUGAUGGAAAAUUGCUUAGGACACUGCUGUAAAUAUGCUUGUAUCACUGAUGAUUCUAAGGUAUCGUACUUGUUAUAAUCUGUGAUUUGUUUUGUUGAAGAGGAACAAGGAAUAACCAAGGCCCUUUGCUUUAAUGUUUUUAACUUCUCAUGGUAUGAAAAGUGACAGAUGUUUCUAUGAUUUGUUAAAUUACAGAAGACAUGGACAUAAAAUCUUCAAUAUUUCAGUCGUAGGAAAUUGUUUUUAAUAAACUAUUUUUUUACCAAACCA